AUCCCAGAAAAAAGUAAAAGUAAAAAUAAAAGUAAAAGUACAUCAAUUUAGGUGUGUUUCUAAUUUUUAGUCUUAUCGAUUAAAGUCUUAGAACACUUUAACAUAUAUAUUGUCCCAACUUAAUACCUACGUAACGAAUAAACACAUGAUAAAAUUGUCACAACUACAAAUUAAAACCAUAAAUAAAUGUAUAUAUAUACAUGCAAUAUACAUAUUUUAUAAAACAGCAUGUAAUAUAUAUAUAUAUGUAUAUGUAUUUAUAUACUAUAAUUAAGUGUGUCACGCUUUGCAAAACAACAUGGAGAACUUCGAUGACCAGCAAGAGUUGGUUGGAAAGAUCAGAGAAGCGAUGCAACAAAAUUGGCACGAAGUCGUACGUUUGUACGAGACGGAUCCUAAUGCUCAAAGCACUAAGAUUAGCACCUCCGGCUACACAGCCUUGCAUGUAGCCGUGGCCGAUGGUAAAGAUGAUAUCGUUUAUAAGCUAGUGGCUAGCAUAAAGAGCCAUAUAUCAACUAUCAUAUCUGAAGAUAUGACAAAGUCAUCAUUACCAUCAUCGUAUCAGGAUUAUUAUGAGGACGAUAAUCGUGAUGUGAUGAUGUUCAGAACUGAGGUAGAGCAAGUAGCGAACGCUAGCAGCUCACCUCUUGGAAUUCAAAACGAAAAAGGAAAUACGGCUCUUCAUCUAGCUGCAGCUAUAGGUAAUGUUCCUAUGUGCAUAUCAAUAAUGUCAUCAUUAGAUCUAGAUCAAGACUACUAUCGUUCGUUGAUUGAGAUUAAGAAUGAAAAAGGCGAAACUCCCCUCUUUUUGGCUGCUAAACAUGGCAAGAAGAACGCUUUUCUUUACCUAAACUCGUUCUUGAUGAUGAAAAGUACUUCAACACAAUCCAAGUCUAACGAUGCAUGUUGUCGGAGGGAUAAUGGUGAUACCAUUCUGCAUUGCGCAAUAAACGGCGAAUUCUUCGAUUUGGCAUUUCAGAUAAUAAAGUCGUAUAAACAUCUUGCAAGUACAAACAAUAUAAAUGUUGAAGGAAAAGCCCCACUUCAUGUUUUAGCUGAUAAGCCUUCCGCAUUCAAAAGUGCUAUCAAGUUGGGAAUAUGGAAAUCCAUCAUUUAUAAAUGUAUUGACGUGAAAAACCUAAAGAAAAACGCAAAGCCAGAUGAAACACCAUCAAGAAUUCCCCGCGAUGAGAUAAAGUAUCCACAAAACUACACUGUUUUGUUCACAUUUUUUCAUUAUCUAUGGAAGCUUGUAAAAAUAGUGACUGUUUUUAAUUCCCAUACAAAGAGCCCUAGAGGAGGAGAUCACAAUGGUAUUAAAGUGGAAAAGCAGAAGGAUCAAAAUCCAGCAAACAACACCACCUUCACCUGUUUUGAUUUUCUACGAAAGCUUGUAAAGAUUGAGACAGAAAAAAUAACUGAUGCACAAAAACAAGUCGAUGAAGAAAACCAAGGUAAUUUAGUAGUUCCUAAAAACUAUAUGGUCGCCUUCAAGUUUGCCAAGCUAUUACACAGAUCACUACUAUCUUUAAUGGGACCAGGUCAUGGAUGGAUAAUCAGUUUAAGAAAACUGAAAGAGAAGCAUACAUGGUCUCUUCAAGUAUUGAAUGAACUCUUAAAUAAUAAUAAUAUUUAUAAAUUUGAAGACAAUGGGUAUCAAGCACCAAUAAAUGCUAAUAAGAAUGAUUAUGAAGAUCUAAAUUCAGCCUUUCUUGAAGCUAAAAAGAAGGAGGACCCAAAGUAUGUAAAGAAAAAAGUGGUUAAAAAGAGAGAAACAGCCAUGUUAAUUGCAGCAAGAAAUGGUAUCACAGAAAUGGUGAAAAGAAUCCUUGAAAAAUUUCCAGUGGCAAUAUAUGACUCGAAUGAAGAUGAGAAGAAUGUUGUGUUAUUGGCUUUGGAAUAUAAGCAAGUGAAAUUGUACACAUUUUUGCUCCAACAAUUUUCCAAAAAUGAGAGUAUUUUUCGAAAAGUUGAUAAACAUGGCAAUGGUGCUUUGCAUAUUACUGCAGCAAAUACUGACCAAGGAAAUAUGCAGAGAUGGCCUAUUCCUGGUGAUGCUUUGCAAAUGCAAUGGGAAAUUAAAUGGAAUAAGUUCGUGAGAAAUUCAAUGCCGGAAAAUUUCUUUGUUGAGUACAAUGACAAAGGAGAAACUCCAGAAACAAUAUUCACAAAAGACCACAAAAAUCUUGUCAAAAGUGGAAGUGAAUGGAUGAGUAAAACCGCAGAAUCUUGUUCCCUCGUUGCCGCCCUCAUCGCCACCGUGGCAUUCGCCACGUCAACAUCUUUACCCGGCGGAACCAAUGAGGAGAAUGGAAAACCAAUGUUGGCAAAUCAACCUGCAUUUCGAGUGUUCGCCGUAGCUUCAUUAAUAGCUCUAAGUUUUUCGGUCACCUCCUUAGUUAUGUUCCUAACCAUCCUCACAUCUAGAUUUUCGGAGAAUAAUUUCGAGAAAAUUCUACCUUGGAAACUUUUGAUGGGACUAACUUCUCUUUUUUUGGCGAUAGUCUCGAUGAUUAUCGCCUUUUGUGCCGGUCACUUCUUCGUUCUUAACGAUAGUAUCAAAGUGGCCGCGUUCCCGGUUUAUGCUGUCACCGCCAUCCCGAUUUCUUUCUUUGCUGCAGCUCAGUUUCCACUCUAUGUGGAUUUAGUAUUUGCCACAUUUGCCAGUCCAUUUGGUAAUCCUCAAAAUAUUAUUGACCCAGAAUAAUAGUGUUCACAUAUAUAUAGGUAAUAUAUUUACACUAAAUAUUGUUAUGUUUUUUUUUUUUGGAAACAAUUAUUGUUAUGUUUUUAAUUGGGUUUGAUUGAAGAAAUACAGUGUGCUUGCUUGUUUA